AUGUGUCCUGCAGGAGCAUUCUCUGCAGACGCAGAUGCGUCGCCAGACUUUGGCCCUGCCCACGACGGUCAUAUAUUUUCGUCAGAGGAAGACGAGCUCGAUCUAGACGACUCGGACACAGAGCCUGGCGGCAGCGGGCGUACAAAAACCAAUUAUGGUGCGACUUCAGCAUCGCAGCGAGGUGCCGGUCCCAACAUGGAAGACGACGAUGACGGCAUACUCCCCCGCGACAAACAGCGCCGGACUGCAUUCUAUGACUACACUGCUGAGAAGCAAAUGAGCCACACCGAAGCCAAGCAAUUCUACCAAAGGCAUCAGCUCGAGACACAGCACGGCGGCCCCCAAGCAGACAUGCACAGCCCCGCCAUGCGCGCAAAGACAUUCCCUGCCAAUUUCGGUGGCACUGACGGUGUCGACUUUCUCAGCAGGGCCGAGAGUACUCGCUCGCGGAAGAGCAACGUCAGCCAUGCCAACCAUGUCCAACGACCCUACAUACCCAUCGGCUCGUCACACGCAGAGCAGUCGCAUGAACCUCGUCGGCACAUGACCCAGCACGUCCCUGACCCUAUAGGUGCCCACGAUGAGACCGACCAUUUUCUCCAGGCUGAUCAACAGGCCCGAUCGCAUGGCCAACACCCCAACCUCCCUCAUGAACACAAGCCUCUUCUGGCUGAACAAGGGAUCCACGGUGCAGGUGCAGGCAUAGGCGUUGGAACAGGGGCAGGAGGAUUCGCAAUGUCUGAUUCCAGCAUCACUGCUGAGCUCAGCUCCAUCUACGCAAACAUUCAAAAAGUGCUCGAUCUGCGCCACAAGUACAUCCGCCUGUCGUUGCAACGCUCCUUCGACAACCCCAAAGAUGAUCCAGCUUGGCGCAUCUACCCAUCUCCUCCAGAACCUGUGUGGAAUGACACCUCCAAAGAGCGUCGCAAUGCAGCUAGUAGCAUGCAAAACAGUGGUAUUCUAGAGCCGAAUGAGAUGCCUAAGCCACCUCGUAAAAUGGGUACCAACAUCGGCGAAGAUUUCCACUUGGAAGAGUGCCUUCCCGUGCCCGGUCCUGGUGAGAUGUCAUUCCGGCUUGACGAAAGCGGCGUAUACCAAGUAUAUGAGACUGCUAAAUCUGCUGAGCUUGAUACUCCCAUCAUUGCGAUCCCGACGUUGCGCGAAUUCUACAUUGAUCUCGAUUCCAUUCUGGAGAUAUCUUCCGAUGGACCCAGCAAGAGUUUCGCCUUCCGCCGUCUCCAAUACCUCGAGGGAAAGUUCAAUCUUUACUAUCUGCUCAACGAGUACCAGGAGACAGCCGAUACCAAGAAGGUGCCCCACAGAGACUUUUACAAUGUACGAAAGGUCGAUACGCACGUGCACCAUUCUGCAUGCAUGAACCAGAAGCAUCUGCUGCGCUUUAUCAAGUCCAAGAUGAAGAAGUCCCCUGACGAGGUAGUGCUGUACCGUGAUGGCAAGCAUCUCACGCUGAGGGAAGUAUUUGAAUCCAUCAACUUGACGGCGUACGAUCUGAGUAUCGACACACUAGAUAUGCAUGCUCAUACCGACUCAUUCCAUCGCUUUGACAAGUUCAACUUGAAGUACAACCCAGUUGGUGAAUCGCGUUUAAGGACCAUUUUCUUGAAGACAGACAAUUUUGUCAAAGGCCGCUAUUUGGCUGAAAUCACUAAAGAAGUCAUUUCCGAUCUCGAGGCGAGCAAGUACCAGUUCGUAGAAUGGCGCAUUUCCAUCUACGGCCGAGACAUUGACGAGUGGGACAAGCUUGCGGCUUGGGUUGUUGACAAUAAGCUCUUCUCGCCCAACGUUAGAUGGCUGAUUCAAGUUCCGCGCUUGUUUGAUGUAUACAAGGCAACUGGUCUAAUGGAUAACUUCCAGCAAGUUAUCGUAAAUGUAUUCCAGCCUCUGUUUGAAGUCACCAAAGACCCUUCAAGUCACCCCAAGCUCCACAUCUUCUUGCAGAGGGUCAUUGGCUUUGAUAGUGUUGACGACGAAAGCAAAGUCGAGCGCCGCGUGUACAAGAAGUUCCCGUUCCCGAGCGAGUGGUCUACGAAGCAGAACCCGCCGUACAGCUACUGGAUGUACUAUCUGUUUGCCAACAUGUCGUCACUUAACGUCUGGAGAAAACAGCGGGGCUUCAACACGUUCCUCCUCCGUCCGCACUGUGGUGAGGCUGGUGAUACCGAUCAUUUGGCUGCAGCGGUUCUUUGCUGCCACAGCAUCAGCCAUGGCCUAUUGCUCCGAAAGGUGCCUCUUCUCCAAUACAUUUUCUACCUCGAGCAGAUUGGAGUGGCCAUGUCGCCCCUCAGCAACAACGCACUCUUCCUGGCGUAUGAGCGAAACCCGUUCAUGAGCUACUUCAGACGGGGUUUGAAUGUUUCGUUGUCAACGGAUGAUCCUCUCCAGUUUGCUUUUACCAAGGAGCCUCUGAUUGAAGAGUACUCAGUCGCGGCGCAGAUCUACAAGCUGAGUGCUGUAGAUAUGUGUGAGCUAGCCAAACACUCAGUUGAGCAGAGUGGCUUUGAGCAUGUAGUCAAGCAAAAGUGGUUGGGUAGCAACUACCAUCUCCCCGGUGUUGCGGGUAACGACAUGGCAAGGUCCAAUGUGCCCAGCAUCCGCGAAGCAUUCCGACAUGAGACUCUCAUGGGAGAAUUAGCUAUGAUAGAUCGCUACACGCGCGCAGCCCAGGCCGGCAGCCACGACCUAACCAGCUCUAAUCUGCAAUCCGAGGUGCCCCAGACUCCCAAAUCACUCCAAGGAGUCCCGUUCCCCGGGUCACCAACGCACGCCUCAGCUGCGGGUAGCAAACAAAUCUUCUCCAUGCUCCCUCCAGCUCAAGUCGCCCGCCUCAAGCCCUCUGGAUCCACCGCCGACGCAAUCAACCCGCAAACUCAACCCGCGUCACCAACCAGCGCCCACGACGGCAGCAACGCCGACCGUUCGCACCGCAACAACAACAUGACCGUCAACCCAAACGCCGUGCCUGUAGUCCAGCAGCCGGUAGACGGCCAGGCCCCACCUGCCGGUUUAGAGGAACCAGACACGGGACUAAGGCGUUCAACUAGUUCCGUCACGUUGGACGGGGAGCCGAAAUUGUUUCCAGGUGUUGUGAGCAGUAGGAGUCGUAGGCGCAGCACAAAGAAUAGUCAGGCUGAGGAUGGUGAGGGGGCAAGUUCGCGGCUGAGAAGGUAUCCGACGGGGGAGACGGAGAGUGUGGUGGAGGAGAAGGAUACCGAUGAUGAGGAGUAA